UUUUUUUAUUUCGAACACAGCAAGUGAAGUGGCUAAAGAGGCAAUAAGGAAAUUUCUGUGCAAUUAUUUAAACAUAUUUUUUGUGAAUUUCAUUUAAAAUACAUUUUAUUGCAAUUAGCAAAGUCUACUCUACGUCUAAAGUUUUAAAAUCCAAACACACUGCCUUGAAAAAUACCAUUUAUGCGGAAUAUUUGAAAGAAAUCAUAUUUUUCAUUAGCAGAACCUAUUAUAUCGAAAGCAAUCAAUUGAGUGGUACGGCGACGUCAACGCAGUAAAAAUCAAAAUCUAAAAAUAUUUCUUCUUUUUUUUUUAAAGAAAAGUGUAUUUCGCAAAAAGUGAAAAAGUGUAUUUUUGCAUACGCUUCUAUACAAAUUGAAUUAAACAAAUAUUUAAUUGAAAGCAGUAAAAAAAAUAGCCAUGGUCUUGAACGUUUACAUUAGUGGCAUGUCUGGCAAUAAGGAGGUCAAAAAACGCCAGCAACGUGUUCUUAUGAUUUUGGAUAGUAAAAAUAUUAAAUAUGAGGUUAUUGACAUCACAGAGCCUGGCCGCGAAAGCGAUAAGGAAUUUAUGCAAAAUAAAUCCACCAGUAAUGGCGCAACAGUAAGUGAUCCUGAGCCGAGACAUGCCUUACCUCCACAAAUCUUCAACGAAGAGGAAUACUGUGGAGACUACGAUGCCUUUGAUUUAGCCAAUGAAAUUGAUACGUUGGAACAAUUCCUGAAAGUGGCUCCACCCGUCGAUACCACAGCCGAGGAAGUAUCGAGUGCGCAACAAGAAAACGGUGAUGCCAAGCCGGCCGAUGCUGCAGAAGGUGAAAAUAAAGAGAAUGAAGGCGAACAAUCGUCCGAUGAUAAAAUUGUUAAGGAGGGUGAAGAAAAUGCAGAGAAUGCCGAAAAAUCUAAAGAUUCCGAGGACACUGAAGCCAAGGAAAAUGAAAACGCCGACGACAAAAAGGAUGAUGAGGAUGCCAACGAAACUGAAGAAGGUCACAAAGAAACUAAAGAAGAUGGUGAUGAUAAGAAAACAGAGGUAGAAAAUGAGGUAACGGACGAUAAAGAUAAUACCGAAGAGAAACCCGAUAAAAAGGAGAAGGGAGAUGACGAAACUAAUAAUGAAACAAAGGAGGAGAAUGAAUCUAAAGAUCAGUCUGCGGAAGAAAAGACUGAAAAAGAUGAAGAGUCUAAGAAUUACGAAAAAGAAGAAGAGUCUAAGACGGACGACAAAGAAGAAGAGUCUAAGGAAGUCGAAAAAGAAGAGUCUAAGGAAGAAGAAAAGGAAAAAGAAUCCAAGAAAGACGACAAAGAAGAAGAUUCUAAGGAAGGCGAAAAGGAAAAAGAAUCCAAGAAAGACGAAAAAGAAGAAGAGUCUAAGGAAGACGAAAAAGAAGAAGAGUCUAUGGAAGACGAAAAGGAAAAAGAUUCUGAGGAAGAAGAAAAUAAUGAAGAGUCUAAGAAAGACGAACAUGAAGAAGAGUCCAAGAAAGAGGAAAAAGAAGAAGAAUCUAAGAAAGAGGAUAAAGGAGAAGACUCUAAGAAAGACGAGAUAGAGAAAAAGGAAUCAAGCGGCAAGGAUUUGGAAAAAGAACAAGAAGAAAAUGCUGAGACUCAUGAGGCUAACGAGGAAAAUAAAAAUAAGGAUCAAGAAGAUGAGACAAAGAAGGAAGAGACUGAAAAAAUAAAUGUAGAAGAGAACGAAUCUCUUGAAAAAGUUGUAGAUGUUAACGAAGCCGAAAAGGCUGAGGAUAAUAAUGGUGACGAAAAAACGGAAGACAAAAAGGAAGAUGAUAACGAUAAAAAAGAAGAGGAAAGCGAUGUCAUUAAUGACAAAGAAGAAGAUAAGCAAAAUGAAAAUUUGGAAGAACCUAAAGAAAAUGAUGUCAACGAAUCUAAAGAACAAGAAAACGAAUUGGAAAAAACGAAAGAAGUCGAAACUAAAGAAAACGAAGACAAUAAAACUAUUGAAAAAUCUGCUGAGGAUGAAAAAGAUCCAAAAGAAACCAACAAAAACGAUGCUGAUGAAAUUAAAAACAAUACAACGGAAGAUAAAACAGCAAGUGAAAAAGAGGAGAAAUAAUGAGAAGGGCUAAGAAAAAUAUUUAACAAAAAUCUUCAAUAACGACUGAUGACUGAUUAAUACACACACCCCUUCCUCGCUCACUACAUAGAUCUUAUUACAUCAAAACGAUUGUCUAGUUUACUUACCAAACACACUUAUACUCACAAUCAAUACACAUCAUUUUAAUUAAAAACUGUAUUUUAAAAGCACUUUUCUCCUACUAUUAUAAUAACUUGUAGAGAGAGUUUUAUUUAAUACUUCCCUUAUUACUUUAACUUAUUGUCCUUGUAAAUAAAUUUUAUUCAAUAAAGGGUUUAAAGUUAAGGGUUUUAAAUAUA